AUGGCAAGCAGUUCUGACGAGGAUAAUGCUGAAUAUGGCCCAUCACCAAUUAAAAAGCAGAAAAGUGGAAAAGCUAUAAGUGAGGAUUUAAGAAUCCGUAUUGUUAAUAUGUACAAAAGUAUAAUAAUGGACGAACCUAACAUUUCCAUGAGGCAAAUUCGUAAGCAAAUUUCAGAACUACUGUCUAUUGCGAACGUUCAAUCCACACGAUCAUUAAGGCUUACAAUGAGACAAAGACGGCAUGUGCAUAGCACCUGGUUUCGCCGUGAAAUUCCUACGAUUGAUAAAAUCCACCAAGCCGUGUCAGCCGACGACAGUUUGCCAACAGUAUCGCGCACAAAUUUAUUUCAUCUUUUAAAAGAUUUAGAUUUCCGUUACAGUAAGCGAAGUAGGAACAGUGCUAUGACUGAAAAAAAUGAAAUUGUUGGGUGGAGAAGAACGUAUUUGGAUAGCAUUAGAAAAUACCGGGAAGAGGGUCGACACAUUUAUUUUCUCGACGAAACAUGGGUGAAUGCUGGCGAUUGUACAUCGAAAACGUGGGUCGACACAACAGUACGGUUUCACCGUGAUGCAUUCUUAAAAGGUGCUGUUAAUCCCUCUGGCAAAGGGAAACGACUUAUUGUUCUCCAUAUCGGCUCUGAAGAUGGUUUUGUCCCCGGUGGUAUGUUGUGUUUUGAAUCGAAAAAAAAUACGAGUGACUACCACGACGAGAUGAAUGGGGACACAUUUCGUGAAUGGAUGGAGGGCACUCUACCUCGCCUAAAACCGAACUUCGUAAUUGUUAUAGACAAUGCGUCCUACCAUUCCGUGAAAAUUGACAAAGCCCCAACAUCGAAUACACGAAAGGCGGAUAUAAUUAAGUGGCUGGAGGAUAAAGGAGAAGUGGUAGACCGAACUAUGGUUAUCCCUCAACUUUUGCUCAUAGUGAAACGUUUAAAACCACAACAUAAUAGGUAUGUUAUUGAUGAACUAGCAAAAAACAGUGUGAAGAACCAUGUUCGAAUGAACAACACAACUUAUAAACUUCCAGAUGUAAAAAAAUUACUAGUAGAGGGCAUAUAUCGAGUUGACUCACAAAUGUGGAAAAAUUUUAUAAGCCACACGAAAAAAGAAGAGAUAAAAUUUUAUGAGGUCGAUAACAUAAUAGAUGAGAUGUUGUCCGCGGAGAAAGAUGAUUUGUUGAUGACUAUUACGGGAGACACAUCUUCUGAAACGGAUUCCGAUACUGAAUAA